UUUCUGUGUGAGUUAUGGACGCCCACACCUGUGUGAGUGUUUAGUGGUGUGAUUUUGAUCUCGACAGGUCACAACAGUCAACAUAUCCGACAGUUCCUGCAUCAGCGGGACCCAUGGGUUUUGAUCUGCAGCGUCCAAUGACAAAUUAACGGUUCAGAUUAGCUAUGACCCACAAGACAAGUCUGCCUUCGUCGUCCUCAACCCUCGUAGUCAUAGAGCAUCAGAGGCGCCGCUCCUUUCGGAUCUGGGCGAGGUGAGCUGCGGCGCCGGACGUCGCGGGGAAGAGGAUGAACUGGAUCGGGCGCAAGAUCCACCUCUACAAUGUCACCAUCGGCCUCUACAUGCUCGAUUGGUGGGAGCGCUACCUCUUCAAUAUUUUGAUGGUUUGCCUCUUCUGGUACAUUCUCCGCUAUCUCCUUGGGUUCUUCCAAAGGUUGCAGGGCAUCCCGCCUUCCCGCACCUCCUCCUGCUGCUGCUGCUGGACAAGAUCCGUCUAUCCACGCACUCCUGUUCUGUCUCCGUCAAGCACCUGCCAGUUCCGCACGCGGACGCAACGGAGCGCUUCCUGCGUCGCCGGCGCCGGCUUCACCUUGCGCCCCGCCUCUCCGACAAGCACGGCCGCAAUACUGUCCACAAUCAGUGAUUCAAUGGACUAUAAACGCCGACAGGUCCAAAACAUCAAGCAACACACGGUGGCAGUCUCAUUUUGGCGAGAAGGUGCUUUAGAGUGCCAUUCCAGCGAAGCAGCUUAUUGGGAGUGUCAUAAACGCAAAUGUCUCGUACGAGACCGUGCAGUGGUGGGGCUGAUGGUCCAGUCCAGGCACGUGUGCCUGAUCACUUGCCACUGACAUGGUGGUCCGUGUGUUUAGACUGAUCUACGGAUCCAGCCUUGAAUUUCGUACUGCUCCCAUUCAUGGCCCUGCCGUGCCGCUGAUUCUCGGUUGUCAUCGUACUGUGAAUUUGUGGCCCGAUCGCAUUGCCU